AUGGAUGCAAAAACCAUUAUCAUCGACCAUGGGUCUGGCUACCUGAAGGCCGGUCUAUCUGGUUAUAAUACACCCCAGAUGGUUUUUCCGAGCAUUGUGAACUAUAUACCAUGCCGGGAGAACCCUGGCCCCAGUUAUGCUCGGAGACGUGUGGAUCUGGGCAUAGACUUCAACCAUCCUGAUACUUAUAGCUACCCCAUAGAACGUGGCCGCGUGCUCAACUGGGAAGGCGUGGAAUACAUCUGGUCGAUUAUCUUGGAGAAAUUCAGACAAGAUCAAAAGGACUGCUCAGUGAUGAUGACAGAGAGCCCACAAAUGGAGUCGUCAGAUCGACAGAAGACCCUGGAGAUUUUGUUUGAGGUGCUGGAUGUCUCCUCUGUCCUCCUGGCUGACCAGCUGGAGAUGUCACUGUACGCCUCCGGCCUGUUGACCGGUGUGGUAAUCGAUUCCGGCUAUGGCCUGACCUCCAUGAAGUCUUUCCACCUGGGUAGCCCUCUGCCCUCAAGCUGUAAGACCCUGGAGUUUGGGGGCCAGGAUCUCACUGCCUACCUCUUCAAGAAUCUCUUUAAGGAAGACUGUGACCGUCACAACGUGUUCCAGCUCGAGACAGUGGCCACGGUUCAGAUGAGCAAGUGCUACGUGCCGCAGAAUUUUGUGGAGGCGCUGGAAUUUUACCAGACCCUGCCCACUGGCUCCGAUGCCAACAACGUCUAUCAUCUGCCCGACGGCACCCCGGUGGAGCUGACCCCCAUGCAGCGAUUGGCUCCUGAGAUGUUCUUCCGUCCCCAGGUGUUCGAUCUACCAGGACCCAGCAUCUCCCAGGCCUUUGUGGAGUCCCUGGCGUCCUGCGACGCCGCAAUGCACCCGGUACUGAUGUCCCAUGUGAUGGCUUGUGGGGGGAACACCUUGUACCCAGGCUUCACCAAGCGCUUGUACAGGGAGUUGUCUGAUGAUCACUUCACCACCACCAAGUCCACAAUGUGGAUGGGUCCCAAUAGAAACUUUAGUGUCUGGUUAGGAGCAUCAAUGGUGGCUCAUCUUUCUACUUACAAGUCUAAAUGGAUGACCAGGGAGGAAUAUGACGAGAGUAUGAGAAUGUGA